AUGUAUUUAUAUCUAUCUAUCUAUCUAUCUAUCUUAAUUCUUUUCUUUCUUUUUCCUUCCUUCCUUCCUUCCUUCCUUCCUUCCUUCCUUCUUUCUUUCUAUCUAUCUAUUCAGGCUAAUCGUAUCUAUCUUAACUCCUUUCUUUUUCUUUCCUUCUUUCUUUCUUACCAUCUUUCUAUUUAUCUGUGUCAGGCUAUUCCUAUCUAUCUAUCGAUCGAUCUAUCAAUGCCAGACCGCUCCUUUUUUUCUAUUAAUCUAUCGAUCUCAGUCUUCAUUUAUCGACCCUCUCAGAGGCGACAAGUUCCAGGAUUUCUUCUUCUUCUUCUUCUUCUUCUUCUUCUUCUUCUUCUUCUUCUUCUUCUUCUCUCACUCUCUCUUUCUUUCUUUCUCUCCCUCUUAAGGGACCACCUUUUAAAGCCUGACUUUCCCAAAACCAAAGGACACAAUAAAACAGUUAUUUUAUCUUUGCAGCCUGGCACACCACACGACGCAGACUCGCGCGCAAAAGUGCGUUCGGCGGGCGAAAUCCAAGAAAUAGGAAGAGAAAUCGCGGGACUCCAAUUCCGUCCGCCUCUCUCUCUCUCUCUCUCUCUCUCUCUCUCUCUCUCUCUCUCUCUCUCUCUUUAUCUCCUUCUCUCUCUCUCCUUCUCUCUCUCUCCUCUCUCUCUCUCUCUCUCUCUCUCUCUCUCUCUCUCUCUUUCGCUCGCUCGCUCAAAUGAAACAAUUCUUCCUCUUCCUCUUCCUCUCCCUGUGCCUCCGCCUCUCUCGUUAUAUCGUAUCGAAAUCAGAGAAAAAAUACGGUUGCUAAGCGACAGACGUUUGGAUUCGCGGGGAGAGACCCGAUCGUGUCUGUCCUCAUCGCUGUAA